AUGCCCUCUCAACCCCCGCUCCCGCCCCUCCUCACGCCGUAUCUAUCAACUUUUCCCCAGUCGUCCCUGACGCUGGUUACUUCGAUUCUCGACGCAACGGGGAAUUGGCUGGUACUAAGAUUUUUACAUGCGGCGCUAAGCACUUCAGCAAGCUCUAACACUGCAUUUGGUGCGGAGGGGUUGCACAAUGGCACCAAGAAGAAGGUGGUCUUCGUGAGCUUUGUGCGGAGUUGGGAGUUUUGGAGGACCGAAGCCAAGCGAUUGGGUCUGGACCUUGCGCGUCUGGCCGACAAGCAACAAUUUGCAUUCAUCGAUGGCCUGUCAGAGCUGUUCUACACACCACAAGCUGCACAUGCCACCCCCGGUGUAUCCCCUGCUGGUCUGGGGAGCACCCCGCGCGCAAUACUCCCACUGCGGUCUCAGCCUGGCGCCGUUCCCGGGAGGUUACCAGCGCCGGCGUCGACGACAGAAGGGGGUAGCACUGCCACACCGGGUCAAGCCGAGCUCGGCAUCGCGAGGAAAUUACAUCUCUAUGGCCGUGGCACCGCAGCUCUCGACGCGCUGGAGAAGGACAUUGUUUCAGUAAUUGACCAACAGCGGGCAUCCAUGGCGGAGGACGAGGAGCUUCUCCUCAUCGUGGAUCAACCGGACCUGUUACUUGCCGCAACUGGCCCGAGUAUGGGGAUUGGGGCUACGGAAAUGGCGGAGUGGCAUGUGCAUGCAACGGUCUUGACUCUGGCCGCGGAUUCUCCACUGAUUCACAACGCAUCGACGUCCGGAGGACACCCGGCUCCGCCGAUAGAGACGGAGCAUGCGGCAUUUACGAUUGGGCUGGCGCAUCGGGCUCGGUCGGUGUUGCAGCUCCGCAACCUGGAGACUGGUGCAGCUAGGGAUGUGAGCGGGGUGUUAAGAAUCAGCCGAGGCGGUGGAUGGAGCACUGGAGAAGAAGAUGGUCUGGAGGAGAAAGAUGUACUGUACUUCAUCCAGCGGGAUGGGGGCGUGCGGGUAUUUGGUCGAGGAGAAUCAUAA